AGAGGAUGGGCAGGCCGAGAUCCCGGGGACCUGGGCGGCACUUGCUGGAGCGUUAAUGUGGUCAUCUCGAAUUUCUCAGUCCUUUCCCCUCCCUGCUGUCAGUGGCCACAGUCAUGUGGCCGAAGCAUAAGGUGAGGGCCAGGAAGUGCCCGCUCCCAGAAGACCUCCGUGGCCCGAGGGUCUUGUCCAUACACUAAUUCUCAAGGAGGAAGGGCCGUGUGGGAGGCAGUCCACUCUGUGACUAACAGACCUGCGCCUUUAGGGGGCUUGGAAUGAGAAAUCAGUGUGAUGUUAGGGGAUGUCACCUUCCCCCGCCUUCCUGAAGCCCCUAAUGUACUCUGUCUGGAACAGAUCUUUCCUUCCCAAGCCCUCCUGAUGCCUUAUUUGCCUCUGACUGCUUUUCGAAUACCACUUUGGGGGCUGAGGCCCUCAUGGGGCCUCCCCAAGUUCCAGCCCCUUGCCACUCAGUCAGAGCCCUAUGGAUCUCCCAUCUCCCGGAGGAACCGUGAAGCCAAACAGAAGCGACUCCGAGAGAAGCAGGCUGCCCUGGCAGCUGGGACAGCCAGAAAGAGCAAGUCACCUGCAGAAUCCAGUAAGACCUGGACUCCUAAGGAGGUAGUGUUGUAUGAAAUCCCCACGGAACAUGGAGAAAAGAAAGAUGUCUCCCAGCCCCUGCCUCCUGCUUACAGCCCCCGCUAUGUUGAGGCUGCCUGGUACCCUUGGUGGGUGAGAGAGGGCUUCUUCAAACCAGAAUAUCAGACCAGGCUGCCCCAGGCCACCGGGGAGACCUUUUCCAUGUGUAUCCCACCUCCCAACGUCACUGGCUCCCUACACAUUGGCCACGCACUGACGGUGGCCAUCCAGGAUGCCCUCGUGCGCUGGCACCGGAUGCGUGGGGACCAGGUGCUGUGGGUCCCCGGAUCAGAUCAUGCAGGAAUUGCUACUCAGGCUGUGGUGGAGAAACAGCUAUGGAAAGAGCGAGGAGUGCGGAGACACGAGCUGAGCCGGGAAGCCUUCCUCCAGGAGGUGUGGAAAUGGAAGGAGGAGAAGGGUGGAGAGAUCUCUGAGCAGCUCCGGGCUCUGGGCGCCUCCCUGGACUGGGACCGAGAGUGUUUUACGAUGGAUGCCGGCUCCUCGGUGGCUGUCACUGAAGCUUUUGUGCGGCUCUACAAGGCAGGACUGUUGUACCGGAACCGGCAGCUUGUCAACUGGUCAUGUGCUUUAAGAUCCGCCAUCUCAGAUAUCGAGGUGGAGCACCGGCCCCUGCCUGGGCGCAUGGAGCUUCGGCCGCCCGGCUGCCCCGCUCCUGUAUCUUUUGGCCUCCUUGUUUCUGUGGCCUUCCCCGUCGAUGGAGAGCCUGAUGCAGAGGUUGUGGUAGGAACCACAAGGCCGGAGACAUUGCCUGGAGACGUGGCUGUGGCUGUUCAUCCCGAUGACUCACGCUAUACACAUCUCCAUGGGCGACAACUUUGUCAUCCUUUGACUGGGCAGCUUCUCCCCCUCAUCACAGACUCCGCUGUUCAGCCUCACCUGGGCACAGGGGCAGUGAAGGUGACUCCAGCUCACAGCCCUGCUGAUGCCGAGCUGGGGGUUCGGCACGGCUUGAGCCCCCUGAGUGUCAUUGCAGAGGACGGGACCAUGACCUCCCUCUGUGGAGACUGGCUGCAGGGUCUCCACCGAUUCGUGGCUCGAGACAAGAUUGUGUCUGCACUGAGGGAGCGGGGCCUGUUCCGGGGCCUCCAGGAUCACGCCAUGGUGCUGCCCAUUUGCAGCCGCUCGGGGGACGUGGUGGAAUACCUUCUGCAGAGCCAGUGGUUUGUCCGCUGCCAGGAAAUGGGGGAGCGGGCUGCCAAGGCUGUGGCAUCAGGGGCUCUGGAGCUCAGUCCGUCCUUCCACCAGAAGAGCUGGCAGCACUGGUUCUCCCACAUUGGGGACUGGUGUGUCUCCCGGCAGCUGUGGUGGGGCCAUCGGAUUCCAGCCUACCUGGUUGUGGAGGAGUGUGCAGAGGGUGACAGAGAGGACUGCUGGGUGGUUGGGCGAACAGAGACUGAGGCCAGAGAAAUAGCUGCAGAGCUCACCGGGAGGCCAGGGGCACAGCUGACCUUGGAGCGGGACCCUGAUGUCCUGGACACCUGGUUCUCCUCCGCCCUUUUCCCCUUCUCCUCCCUGGGCUGGCCCCAAGAGACCCCGGACCUCACUCGUUUCUACCCCCUGUCCCUUUUGGAAACGGGCAGUGACCUCCUGCUCUUCUGGGUGGGCCGCAUGGUCAUGCUGGGGACCCAGCUCACAGAGCAGCUCCCCUUCAGCAAGGUACUGCUUCAUUCCAUGGUUCGGGACCGGCAGGGUCGGAAGAUGAGCAAGUCCCUGGGGAAUGUGCUGGACCCACGCGACAUCAUCAGUGGGGUGGAGCUGCAGGUGCUGCAGGAAAAGCUGAAGGAUGGGAACUUGGACCCCACAGAGCUGGCGACUGCGACCACCGCCCAGAGAAAGGACUUUCCUCACGGGAUCCCAGAGUGUGGCACAGAUGCCCUGAGAUUCGCCCUGUGCUCCCACGGAGCUCUGGGAGGCGACUUGCACCUGUCUGUGUCUGAGGUCCUGAGCUGCCGGCAUUUCUGCAACAAGAUCUGGAACGCCCUGCGCUUUAUCCUCAGUGCCCUGGGGGGUAGUUUUGUGCCCCAGCCUGCAGAGGAGCUGUCGCCCUCGUCCCCCAUGGACGCCUGGAUCCUGAGCCGCCUUGCCUGCACCGCCCUCGAGUGUGAGCGCGGCUUCCUCACCCGAGAGCUCUCCCACGUCACCCACGCCCUGCACCGCUUCUGGCUGCACAACCUCUGCGAUGUCUACUUGGAGGCUGUGAAGCCGCUGCUGUCGCGCUCGCCCCGGCCCCCCGGGCCUCCUCAGGUCCUGUUCUCCUGCGCCGACAUCGCUCUAUGCCUCCUCGCCCCACUGAUGCCCUUCCUGGCUGAAGAGCUCUGGCAGCGGCUGCCCCGCAGGCCUGGCAGCCCCCAGCCCCCCAGCGUCUGUGUUGCCCCAUAUCCCAGUGCCCGAAGCUUGGAGCACUGGCACCAGCCCGAGCUGGAACAGCACUUCUCCCGGGUGCAGGAGACAGUGCAGGCGCUGAGGUCUCUCCGAGCCAUGUAUCAGCUCACCAAGGCCCGGCCUCGAGUGCUGCUGCAGAGCUCAGAGCCUGGGGAACAGGGCUUGUUCAGGACCUUCCUGGAGCCGCUGGGCACCCUGGCCCACUGCGGGGCUGUGGGCCUCUUGCCCCCAGGUGCAGCAGCUCCCUCGGGCUGGGCCCAGGCCCAGCUCAGUGAUACCGUCCAGGUGCACAUGGAACUUCAGGGCCUGGUCGAUCCCCAGACCCAGCUACCUCUGCUGGCUGCCCGAAGACACAAGUUGCAGAAACAGCUCGAUGGCCUCAUAGCCAGGACCCCGUCAGAGGGGGAGGCAGAGACUCAGAGACAGCAGAGGCUCUCUUCGCUCCAGUUGGAAUUGUCGAGAUUGGACCAGGCGGCCUCUCACCUGCGGCAGCUGAUGACUGCGACUUGCUGCCCCCAGGAGCCCUGAGCUCUCCUCAUCUCCCUGGUGGCUUUCCUCUCUCCCAGGCCUGCCUUUGAGGAGAAACAGAUUUGGCAGCUGCCAGGAUGCCAGGGCCUCAGAGACUGUGUGCCCCUCACUUUCUGUGUGAAACAGCUUCCUCCUGUGCAGCCUGCUCGGAAGUUUAGGGAUGAGAGAAUUCAGAUAAACUCUGAAUCCCAGCUACUCUGCUUGUGGUGCUUUUGUUUGUCUCUCCUUGUGCUGACUUUGUUGUCUCUCAGCUGUUCUCUGAGACUUUGGUUUGGGAAAGGAGGCGGGCUGCCUCUUAGGUUUGGACCUUGGGCCACA